AAAAAAACAGAACGCAGUAAUGUUGUCAUAAAUGAAACGGCGAAGUCCCCGCAGCCUCCAAUGUUGCUCAUUGCUCACAAACUCCGGAUGCCUUCUCAGGCAGGAGGCAGGUCAGAUAAAUUUUGAUUCCAAGCCCAGAUUCGCCGAUUAGGAAGGCCUCUGUGACGUCACGUACGAAUGGGGCUGUCAGAUCACACGCCCACGUUUGACUGCAAUGGGAUCCGCGUUUCUUUGGGUUGUCACAUUUUAAAGGUUUUUUUAAGAAAGCAAAACUAUCGAAAAUAUUUAAGUACUAAAUUUGUUUAAAAAUUCGAAAUAAUGAUGGAAGUUGCGAGUGAGAACUUGCACGUUUACUUUUAAUUGGCUUUCUGACUUAAUAAUAAAACGAAAAUUAUGCGGAUAAUACCGCUUUUCGACACUUGUUGCUGUAUGUUUUCACUGAAAACUGGUACAAUUCUGAUAGGUAUCACUCAGGCUGUAAGUAUUGAAGAAAUACUAAUGGAAGUUAAUUGCAUUCUUCCAUAAUUCCUUGCUGAAAAAACAUAAAUGUAGAGGUAGACAUAUACUUAACAGAAUCUUCAAUUGGGAGGUGCUUGUUACAAAUUAUCAGGUUAUCAAUUUGAUUUAUUGAUACAUUACAGGUUGUUAUGCUGAUACGCAUGAUAUAUCACAUCAAUUAUCCUGAAAAAAUGAAGAAAAGUCAAGUAUAUACUACAUGUGCUGUGUACACUGUAAUAGCGAUCCUCGACAUUCUACUUAUCUUUGGUGCUAAGAAUGUAAGUAAUUGACCCUGUAGUCUCUGUGUAUUAGCAGCAAUGUAAAUAUUAAUGAAAUACUGUAGAUUAUAAUGUAUUCCUAUAUAGUUAUAUUGUGUCAUGUGCCUGUGUGUUUCCUAGUAAUUGGUGUCAAGCUUGAUGUUCAUCUUUGAUGGUAUUUUGUUUAUCCUGACAGUAUUUUUACAGACCUGUCUUUAUAUCCAAAGCUUGGCAAGAACUGUGGCAUGCUAGUAGUUCAUUAUUUAUUCCUUAUUAUACUAUAUAAAUAAAAUCUUUCAGUGCA